AUGGUUCUGAAAUCACAACAAGAACUCGACUGAUUUUUGUAACUUUAAUAUUAAAGCUCAAAAAUGUAUUUACCUCAUGAGAUCCAUAAAAUCAAGGACAAACGUCGGCUUAAACGCCUAGGAAUCAAAGAAGAUGUUGAACUCACAUCAAUAGACGCGGAAGGCUUACAAGAUGGAGCCUACUUUGCUAGUGAAGACGCAGUUGAUCAAAAGGAUUAUCAAUAUGGAAUUGACACAGAGAAUAAUGACGAAAAUAUACCGGACCAUAUACCGAUUGAACCAUUUAAUAUGCGCCGAGAAAUGGCAGAAGGCGCAUUUGACGAUGAUGGUACCUAUGUUGAACGUGAUAGGAAGAUGACAUCAACCAACAGAUCGCUGAAUCGUGAUGAAGGCGAAGACCCAUGGAUAACCUCUUUGGAAGAACAAAGUCAACUCACGAGUAAGGGAAUGUAUAGUGAUUUCUAUCAAAAAAGGCCCCUUAGAGUCGCUGAAGGCCGACCUGAUUUAAUCAAGAUAUUGGAAUCUACACCAAUGAUUGAUGUGAUCAAAAGACUGAUAAAUUUGCUUGAACCGGGUGAAACGCCCAUUGAUGCACUGAAAAUAAAGACGUAUAAUCAAAAGAAACACAUAUUGCCAGGAUUUAGGAAAGGAAGGUCUGCAAGAGUGUCGGGGGCGGAAGACGUUACGGAUACGUCGGAUCCACAUGUUACUCAAAGAGGUGAAAUGAAGCCCAAUGGUGAACCAAAAGACAAUUCAUCGGAAAUCAAUGAUCAAAUUACAUUGCAACUCAAUAAAAUGGAUGUAUCAGACCUUUCGCACGUACUAACGGUUAUGUGGCAAAAUGUUUACUAUAUGAAAAAAGAGGAGAUUCAAACCGCACUAUACAACGUAUGGAACAAAAGUGGCAGGAAGAAUAGUAUGUACGAGUUCAGAUGGAUAAAAAACAAAAGUGAGGUCUACGGCCCCAACUCUGAGCAAGAGUUGUGGAGCUGGAUAGCCUACGACUACAUCUCUGACGAUAACCCUGUAGAAUUGAGACUAGUAAAUUCAGAUAGUAAUACCACAAGUAAUGAAUGGGUUUACUUUAAGAAAUCGCCUUUCUAUAGAAUUAUGGAUGUUAAGGAAUCAGUGUUGAAACCAUCACAAGAUGAUAGUGACAGCGAUGAUGAUGAUGAUGCCUACGAUAAUACUUUUUCUAAGCGACAAAGAAAAGAUGAACUUAUAGGUAUAAAACAUGAAAAUUCCCAGGGGGAUGACAAUGCAUCCCAAGGGUCUGAUGAUGAACCCGAUGUUGAAUGAUGCUUAUUUUUCAUAU